AUGGCUACACCCCCGCCCGCCCCCGCCGCUGCCGCUGACGUGCAGAAGGGCUUCUCUGCCUUAACACUGGAUGCUCCUGUGCCUGCCGCUCCUGAAGCUGCCGCUCUGCCUGUCGAUGAGAAGAUCGCCAAGCUCGCAGCCAUCACUGGCGCUCCGCUGUCCGCCGAGACCGAGGCCCAGCUGCGUGCGCUUUUUGCCGAGAAGGCGCACCCCAUCGCCUAUGACGGCUUCGAGCCUUCAGGUCGCGUGACCCUGGCCUCCGGUCUGCUGCGUGCGCUCAACGCCAAGCGCCUCAUGGACGCUGGUUGCCACGUGCGUCUGCUGGUGGCGGAUACGCACGCUUUGCUUAACAAUAAGUUUGGCGGCGACCUGAAGAAGCUUCAGAGCGUCAGUACCUACAUGGUGGAAGUCUGGAAGGCGCUGGGAUUGGACGCUGACAAACUGCCCAACCUCGAGAUCAUGCUGGCCUCCACGGAGACCGCGCGCCACGCCGGCGCCUACUGGUCACAGGUGCUGGACGCUGCUGGCCGCUUCACGGUCGAGCGUGUGCAGCAGUGUGCGCCUAUUAUGGGCCGCAAGACAGACGACGCUGUGCACAACACGAACCGUAUCCUGUACCCGCUCAUGCAGCUCGCGGACGGCUUCUUGUUGCAGGCUGACAUCUACCAGCUCGGCGCUGACCAAGAGGCCGGCAACGAGCUCGUUCGCGAGUACAUUGCGCAGAAGGAGCUGCCCAAGAAGCCAGUCUUCCUCACGCACCCGCUGCUGCUUGGUCUGAAGCAGGAGCAGUUCAAAAUGACCACCACGGACGCCGAGUCGGCCAUCUACGUCGAUGACACGGCCGCUGAGGUCAAGACAAAGAUCAAGAAGGCGUACUGCGUGCCCGGCGAGGUGGAAGGUAACCCGGUCUUGAACUACAUGAAGUACUUGGUCUUCCCUCUCCAUGCGGAUGGCAUUACGCUUGAACGUAGCGAGAAGAACGGCGGCAAUCUCACCUUUGCCAGCUACGACGAGCUUGAAGCGGCCUUUUCCAGCGAAAAGGUGCACCCCGCUGACUUGAAGCCGUGUCUGACCAAGUACAUCAACGCUCUGCUUGAGCCUGUGCGCCAGCACUUUGCCAGCGGUCCACUCAAGACGAUGUUCUCGAGCAUCAAGAAGCUUAAGGUGUCUCCGAUCCCGGACGGUGACAAGCUGGCCAACCUGACGCUACCUGGAUUCCCCGAGUCUGUCAAGGAGUGGAAGGCAUCGUCGUUGUCGCUGGAGGAGCGUUACGCCGUGGCUCGCUCCGUGGGUGAGGAGUGUAUCCAAGAGAACGAGCUGCAGGCUCUGCUGGAGAAGAAGGACAACCCCGUGUGCUACGAUGGCUUCGAGCCUUCGGGACGCAUGCACAUUGCUCAGGGUGUUCUGCGCACAGUGAACGUGAACAAGCUGACGUCGACCGGCAGCGUGUUCCGCUUCUGGGUGGCUGACUGGUUCGCCAUGCUGAACAACAAGAUGGGCGGCGAUCUGGACAAGAUCCGCAUGGUGGGUCAAUACAUGGUGGAGAUCUGGAAGUCCGUGGGCAUGGACAUGACCAAUGUGGAGUUCCUGUGGGCGUCCAAGGAGAUCAUUUCGCACAGCGCUUCGUACUGGCUGCGUGUGAUGGACAUCGCCCGCCGUACGACUAUUGCUCGCACGCUCAAGUGCUGCACGAUCAUGGGCCGCAAGGAGAAGGAAGGCAUGCAGGCCGCGCAGAUUCUCUACCCGCUGAUGCAGUGCGCUGACAUCUUCAACCUGAAGGCGGACAUCUGCCAGCUGGGUAUUGAUCAACGCAAGAUCAACAUGCUUGCACGCGACUACUGCGACCAGGCGAAGAUUCGUUUCAAGCCUAUUAUCCUCAGUCACCACAUGCUCAUGGGUCUGAAGGAAGGCCAGGAGAAGAUGUCGAAGAGUGACCCGGAGUCGGCCAUCUUCAUGGAGGACGCCGCUGAAGACGUGAGCCGCAAGAUCGAGAACGCGUUCUGUCCCGAGGGUGUCGUGGAGGCGAACCCGAUCCUCGACUACAUGAAGCACAUCAUUUGUCCGCGUUUCGCCACAGAAGGUGUGACUGUGAAGCUUGCGGACGGCUCGGAGAAGACAUUCGCCGCCUACCAGGAGCUAGAGGAAGCCUUCGUCGCUCGCCAGGUGAAUGGUGCUGACCUCAAGGCAGCCCUUACCAAGUACCUGAACGAGAUCCUGGAGCCUGUCCGUGAGCACUUCUCCAAGGGUGAAGCCAAGGAGCUGCUGGCCAAGGUUCGCUCCUUCCGCAUCACGAGAUAA